AGCAUAUUAUCCACUGGAACUGCCAGCCGUGCGCGUUUGUACCGCCGCUAGAGGGCGUCACAGUGGUCGAGGACUCCAAGGACAACUUCCAGGGCCUCGUGGGCUACUCGCGGCUCUACGACGCGCUGGUGGUCGCCUUCCGAGGCAGCAUGGACGUCAACAACUGGCUGGACAACCUCACGUUCCUCAAGAGACGCGCCUACGCGCAGUUCCCCGGCGUCAUGGUGCACGAGGGUUUCUACUGGGCUUACCGCUCCGUCGCCACGCAGGUGCUCUCCACACUGCACGCGCUCCGUAAGCAGCACCCCAAGGCGGCGCUCAUGGUCGCAGGCCACUCACUGGGCGGAGCAGUCGCGGCGAUCUGCGCCUUCGAGCUCGAGUACAUAGAGAAGAUGCCGGUCAAGGCGCUCUACACUUUUGGGAAGCCCCGAGUGGGCAACACGAACUUCAGCGGCAGACUACGCAACGCCAGCAUGGAGGUCUACCGCGUGACGCACUUCCAAGACGCCGUGCCGCACCUGCCCCCAACGUGGACGGGGUUUGAGCAUCCAACGGAAGAGAUCUUCUACGACGAGUUCUCCGCUAGCUAUCGCAACUGCAGUCAGACGGACGGCGAAGACCCGAAGUGCUCCAACUCGUGCUCGCCGUUUAGCUGUACGAGCAUCGUGGACCACCUCACCUACUUGAACAUCACGAUGAGCCAUCUUAUCUGCUAA